CAACCUUCGACUUCCGCUUCCUGGCUACGUCAUGUUUGGCGGCAUUUUUAGUUGUGGAAGUCGUUAGCUAGCUAACUAUCGAGACCGUCUGUUGUUGUUAUUGUGUACUGUCAUUGCAGCAUUUUAGACAUGGAUGCAGACGAACUUAUGGAGAAUGCUCAGGCGUUAGCCAAGCAGAUGUCCGAGUACCAGGGGAAUCUGCCCCCGGAUACACCAGUCAGUCGGGAGCUCUCGGAGGCAGCGCGUGCUGAGCUUCUGGAUGAGUGCGAGGAGCAAUUUUCUCUGCUUCAGCAGCUUCAAAAUGAUCUAACUUUGGCAGAAGCCGAGUCACUUCAAAACCCAAACUAUCAGACUGUGAGUCGAGUUAACGCCCUUGAAGCAGAACUUAAGGAGUGGCAAGAAUUACAGCCAAAAUUGUUGUCUUCAAAUCCUGAAGUUUUGCUUGCUGUCGGAAAAGAGGAGUUAUCACGACUGAACAGACAACUGGAAAUGGUUCUGUCCUGCUCGCAAGCAAAAAGAGACAAACUCAAGGAGACUUUAAAAAGUGAGCAGGAGUGGGUGGGAGAGAAGAAGGAGGUGUUGCAGGCAGCCGCGGAGCGAGUUGCUGCCCUGCGAGACGAAGGCGAUCGCUUAUCUGAGAAGGGUGUUUUGCAGGACAUGAAGAAGAAAAUUCAGAGGGUGAAAGAUUACCAUGACAACCUAAUGGAAACCCUCAGUGACAUCCUGGCAGAACACUUUCCACUUCCUCAACAGGAAGGAAAUGCAAACAAGAAAGGGAAGAAUAUCCUCCCAGAACCAACAGCGGAUGUAAUUACACUGAGGGAAAUGCUUGAGCUUCUAAUGAACAAACUAGUGGAGACCCCGCACGAACCCUACAUAGAGAUCGAUGGGACCUUUUGGCCCCCGUACAUUGAGUUGCUGCUUCGGUAUGGAAUGGCAUUGAGACACCCUGAAGACUGCUCUAAAAUUAGACUAGAAGCUUUUUUUUAGUUGUUUGAAACUGUCUGUAUAUAGAAGACAUGCUGUGAGCUCUUGAAUACGAAUAUGAGUGUUUUCUCCAGCUAGCAUUUCAUAAUGAGUUUCAUGCAUGUCUUUGCCGAUUUGUAAAGGGGGGCUUUUGACAAUCCCAAGAGUGGCAUUACAUGGUUCUCGAGUGGUCUGGUUGCUGAAGUCACUGCAAGCAGCCUGUUAUAGUUGCAGGCUUCAGUCUGGGCUUUAGCUGACUGACCGUGUCCAGGAGUUUAGCUGAAAAACCACAAGCUAGAGUGUUAAGCUGUCCAGUGCUUGGUGGGGUUACCAGUGCAUUAGUCUAUGAUUACAUGCUCUAGGCACCCAGUGCAUAGCAGCUUUCAUCAGGGGGAGAUGUACCUCCAACAGCUGGUGCUCGUAUUGAAUAGAUAAAUAGUAAUAUUCAUAUAAUACUCAUUGCUUAUAAAAUAGAAUCCCCCUGCUGGUUGAUCGGGCCGCUGCAUGGUCACACGUUGGGCUGUGCAGGAAGCGUCUUCCGCCGACUCGUGUCUGAGAGCCUGAACCGUGAUGAUAAGUGGCCGGGAUUGUAUGCUUCAGACGAGAGCGCAUGAGUGCUGAUAUAUACGUUUACAAUUGGCCUUUUUAAAUUGUGAAGGAAAGAUGUGGGCUAUAUUGCGAGAAUUGGGGGAAGGGGUUUAUUAAUGAAGUACUAUCCCGACUCUUAUCUGUAUUUGAAAAUGCCACUCCGCAUGUUUACUGUUUAAUAUGCAUGUACAGUUUUUUGUUUAUAUAUGUAUAGCCGUGUGUGUAUAAUUACUUAAAAUAUACUUUAUAAAACAAUGCAUUUUUCAUUUGAGCGUGACUCAUUUCAGGAAAUGCCGGUUUUUUAAACCGUUAGCCACCCUUUAGAGGAUUGCUGGGUCAAUAAAACAAUAAAAUUGAUGUGUCAUUCUUACAA